AUGAUCGGCUGUCGACUUUCUGCUGGGCUGCUGGCUCUGGCUCUCUGGAUAGUCCAGGUCCAGGCCAAGUCGGUUUUCGCGCAUUUCAUGCUGUCUAACACCGCUGGCUUUACUGUAGCAGACUAUCAGCGUGAGAUCGGCCUUGCCCAAGAAGCGCACAUUGAUGGCUUUGCCGUCAACUUCUCCAUGGAUGAGGACACUACUGACGUCAACCUUCCGCUCUUCUUCACUGCUGCUGAAAGCAAGGGCUUCAAGCUUUUUCUUUCGUUUGACUAUGCUGGCAACGGCGCGUGGCUGCAAGACACCGUUAUAACCAUGAUCAAGAAAUAUGCCGCCUCGUCAGCCUAUUUCCGCCGCGGCUCUCAGCCCCUCGUCUCCACGUUUGAGGGUCCCAAAUCUUCUUCCGACUGGCCCACAAUCAAGAAGGAGACCGGGUGCUUCUUCAUCCCAUCCUGGUCCUCCCUAGGAGCCAAGAAGGCUGUGGCCCUCGGCAUCGCUGAUGGUCUAUUCAGCUGGGCCGCUUGGGCUGAAGGCCCGAACCGCAAGAACACCGAGGUCGACGCCUCCUACCUUGAUUUUAUGAAGGGCAUGCCUUACAUGAUGCCGGUCGCCCCUUGGUUCUACACCAACAUGCCGGGCUUUGACAAGAACUGGCUUUGGAGGGGCGACCACACCUGGUUUGAUCGCUGGGCCCACAUCUGGUACUUGCAACCCGAGUUUGUGCAAAUCAUCUCGUGGAACGAUUAUGGAGAGUCCCAUUACAUCGGUCCUCUGGACGAGGGGCAAUACUCUGCAUUUGCUGCCGACAGAGGCAACUCGCCUUUCAACUAUGUUCGGGAUAUGCCCCAUGACGGAUGGCGUGAUAUGCUGCCUUAUGUCAUCGACACAUACAAGAACAACAUCUCGACGGUGUCUCGUGAGACCCUGACUACUUGGUACCGGUUGAACCCAGGUUCAGCCUGCUCGAGUGGCGGAACAACAGGAAACACAGCCGCCCAGCAUCAGACGGUGUACUCUCCCGCCGAACUUUCAGAGGACCGCAUCUUCUAUUCAGCGCUACUGGGCUCCAAUGCGGCAGCGACAGUCUCUAUCGGUGGCAAGGCCCAGGCCCAAUGGGCCUGGGACUCCAUCCCCGACGGAGGCGUAGGCAUCUACCACGGCAGUGUGCCUUUCAACGGCGCCACAGGCGAGGUGGUUGUGACCCUGUCGAGGGGCGGUCUCUCAGUCAAGGGCCCUGCCAUCACAACGGACUGCUCCAAGAACGCUGGCCUCAACAACUGGAACGCCUGGGUCGGCAGUUCCAAAGGCGCAGCCGUCUCUGUGACGCCGCCGCGCUCGCUGGGUGACCAAGUUUGCGUCGCCGGCACGGGAGUGAAGGAUUUCGGGGCCGCUCAUGAGAAUUUCGAGGGCAUCUGCUCCUUUGCUUGCAACUAUGGCUACUGCCCUCGCGGACCCUGUACUUGUACCAAGAUGGGCCUCAAGGUGACCGAGCCCAAGUCUCUCAACAUUGAUGCUUGGCCUGCCGCUGGAAUGACUUGCACGUACGAAGGACUUUGCUCUUUCUCAUGCAACCACAACUAUUGUCCUACUGGAGUAUGCACGAAGGACGCAUCCCUUAAGGGCAAAUGUAUCAUCCCCCAGCCUAUCCCGGAGCCAGAAGAGCCAGCGCCCGAGGUGCCGGUGACCCAGCAAGAAUGCGUCUCCGGGACUGGACAAGGAAACUUCGGGGGCCUUCCCUCCCCUUGCACAUGCUCCACCAAGGGUCGCAUGGUCCAGCCGCCUGCAAGCAAACCCUUUGGCUACCCGCUGGCGAACCUUGGAUCCGAGUACAUUGGUCUCUGCGCUUUUGCUUGUUCUCGAGGAUACUGUCCUCCAUCAGCUUGCACGCAGACUCGUCCAGCUGUCCCAGGAGCCAUCUUUAAAGAGACGCCGCUUGACGACGACGGCAAGGUGAAGGACAUGGCAGCUUGCAAAGCAGCCAAUUCCGGCCUCCCGUGGAAAUGCUAUAGGAAAGACUGCGGUAUCGCUGGAAACAUCGGAAUCGACCCCUGGAAGAGGUGGGACGCAGUCAUGGCCCAAACGACACUCGAAGACAUGAUGGCAUGGUGGGAGCUAAUCACCAGAAUUCGCAACAACGGCAACCCCGACAUCAUCCCCCGUUGGUUGACCAACAUGCCUGUCGCCGUCGGCUGGAUGUGGGGGACCGAUCAUGACCCGAGCCAGGCCACAGAGCUACCAGAGGACUACUCGUGCGACAAACUGGGCAAGAGUGGAUGCAAUGCCAUCAGCUGUCAGACCCUCACGUACUCGUCCGUGGCUAUGGUCGAGCUCGCCUUCGGAAACCUCAAUGCGUUCUACCAAAAGUAUUACGAUGCUGUUGUCGAAGUCGAGAACCCCAUCACGAGCAACGCAAAGAACAUGGCGGCCAAGUUUGUGCGGCCACAGACCGGAAACUGGCUUGGCACAUUGAAAGUUAUCCUGGGUUCUUUCGACACCAUAUUCGCGUUCACAGGUGCUGGAAUUUGGGAGAAGGUUUUGGGCACAGAUCAAUUCUCCAAGUGGACAAGUGCCAACGAUAAAGCAACAAGCGCGCGCGAUAGUGUAGGCAGCGCUAUCAACGCGUAUGAGUUCAUGGGAGGCAAUGUUUCAGACUCAACAACGUACAUUGUCUUGGCCCAGUCACUAAGUCCACCGCGUCCGAGUAGUGAGCAGGGUGCCAUUGAUGCGGCCGACUCGGUACAGAAGGCAGCCGAGUUGAUGGUGAAGAUGCUGAAAGACAGCAUUGACAACCUCAUGACCUUCUUGUUCAGUGGCGAUCCUGCUGGAUCAGCUGCCAUGAUUGGCCUUCUCAACAACGGCCUGUUCGUCUUGAACCCAGCGAAGGACGUGAGCCAGGGUCAGAUGGGUACCGUCGUCAAGAAGGUGAUCCACGCAAGGCUUGUCACCAAUGCUUGGGCGGCCGAUGAGUCGUGCGCCCCGGUGGUGGCCGUUGGAUCGUUCGAGCGUUUUAACCCGCAGAAGACCACCAAUUUCCUGGGCAGCUGGCGCAACGACGCGUACUUGAAGUACGACAACAAAGACUUGUGGGUUAUCUGCGUGCCGUCUGUCAAGUCGAUUGGAGGAAAGACAAGGGAGAGCAGCACCGCAGAGUAUCCGUACGGCUUGCCGGACAUCGGCAAGGCAGACAACGACUGGGAGAUCACCUGGCAGGAGCUCGCGCGGUCUGCUUAUGACGGGUGGAAGGAAAACGGCGAGAAGCUGCCCUUCGGUUUGCGCAAGUCGGCAGACACGGCUACUGGAGGCCCUGACAGUCCGACUUUCCUUCCCCUUCAACAGGGCAUCUCAACUCCAGGUUUCUGGCAAGUCCCUGUAUGUUCUUCGAAGCUCGUCCAGGACAACGUCACAUGGCGGGGACAGAAGGGAAGCCGGAAGUGCACCGAUAUCUACCCCUGUUGUCAGGUUGUUUGCACCGACCACAAGACUGCAAAUGGCGGAAUCCAAACAGUGUGUAUCUAGGAUGAGAUGGUGCGUCAGCCAUUUUGCUAUCCAUAGCUCCGUCACCAGCUAUGGGUGCCAAAAUAUUAGUUUAUUUGUUCGUUCUG